AUGCAGAAAAUCUCGCUAGCUUUACUGUUCCAAUUGAUCUGGGCAACCUGCGCUCUUGCCGAGAAUGCAAUUACGAUCCCAUGGGUUGGGUACUCAUACUCUGGAAACUAUUUUGCAGGUUACGAGGGAAAGAUUGUCGGAACUGAUGGCGACAAAACAACCUAUGUGGUGAACUGCCCACCAAGCGACACCACCUGCAUUGCAUUUGACUCCGAUAAUGCUAUGACUGUCAUCGCUGGAUCCAACAGUAAAUACCCCAUCAUUUUGAAGAAUGCAUAUGCUAACAACUCAGCUUAUGAUCUCAUCUACACCGACCCAUGGGAAUACACUAGCUCAGGCUGCACGUUCGCUGGUGGCCCCACACCGACCACCGCGACAUGCUCGUAUAUCCAAACUAUAGAUCUGGGCGGUCACUCGACGUCGCGUGAAGAUACAUACAAUGUUCCCGCGAGCACUGUUUACCGCGAGAUAUACUCGGCCACCUUGGCGGUUGCGGGGUCUACAUCUUCGUCCAGUACGGCCACGAAGACUGGCACAUCGGCCGUGACGCAGACUUCGACUGGGGAUGUUUCCUCUACUACUGAUACUACUGUGAUUGCCGCGACCGCUUCUGCUGCCGUGGCUGUCUCUACAACUGCUACUGGUAAUCUCGCAUGCAAAUCAUCUAUGCCGAUGAUAGUUGUGGGUGGUAUCAUCGCUGGUGUUGCAAUGAAUAUGUGA